GCCUAAAUUUCAUCUUCGCAUCUUCCCAUAGACGUACCCAACUUUCGACUGCCACAUAUUCAAUUUAUCAACACAUCACUUCGAUCAGUCAUUCUUUAAUAUCAGAAAGGUCUAGUACGUUGCAACAGCCAUCUGUGGUCUUAGCAACUCCAAUUGGCCCAAAAGUUUUGUAUAAAAUAACCAUACGACUGCUUUACCAUGCAUAUAUUAGUUACCAACGACGACGGUCCACCGUCUCCGACUUCGUCGCCUUACGUACAUAGUCUAGUCCGAGAGCUUCAAAAAAGGGGGCAUACUGUCUCCGUUUGCUUACCACACGCCCAACGUUCCUGGAUUGGGAAGGCUCACAUGAUCGGCCAGACCGUGAAACCUCUCUACUAUCGUCCAUCUGCGACCUUCGACCCGUUGCCCAGCGCUGCCUCUCGAGCUCAGGGGACUGUAUACACACGUCCAAGCAAGGACAGCAAAGAAGAAGAAUGGAUUCUUGUCGACGGAACACCAGCAAGUUGCGCCCAGAUCGGCCUGUACCAUUUCUUCCGCGAAAAGGGCCCUGUUGACCUUGUAGUGUCGGGUCCUAACUAUGGUCGGAAUACGACGGCCGUGUUCGCACUGAGCUCUGGUACGUUAGGUGGCGCACUCGAAGCCGCCGUGUGUAGAAGGAAAGCUAUUGCUUUGAGCUACGCAUUCUUCAGCCGUAACCACGACCCCACAAUCAUCGAUGCCGCUACCCGGCAUAGUGUGCGUGUCAUCGAGAAGUUGUAUGCUCAGUGGCCGACAGACAAGAGUGUUGACCUGUAUUCGGUCAACGUACCACUCAUCGAAGGUGUUGACGAACAUAAAACGCUGUGGACAGAAAUGCUGCAAAAUUAUUGGGGUGAAUCAAGUGUCUGUUUCGAGGAGGUUGAGGGAAGUGUUGGCGACGAGGAAGAGGAAGAAGAGAGAAUAAGAGAGGGAGAAGAAGCGGGAGCAUCCGGCGGCGUCGAUCCGAAAACAAAUAGCGAGGGUGAUGAGACGGGUCAGACACGGUAUAAACACAGACAUUUCAAGUGGGCGCCGAAGUUUGCGGAUGUUUAUAAAAGUGUUGAGGAGUCGCCGCCAGGGAAUGAUGGGUGGGCGGUGAAGGAAGGUUUCACAAGUGUAACACCAAUGAAAGCAAAUUUUUAUCAUACGGCAACGCAUCUACAUGGAGAGGAGUUGAAACUGGAUAUGUCGGACACCUCAGGAAUGGCAAUGUCUACAUCGACCUUGAUAUACCGACCCAAGCAACAUUUUUACGCCUUGAUCGCCUACGAAGACCCCUAUGUCCAACCACUUAUACUAUCUGCCCUAAAGAAGUUCUUUUCUCCUGAGUCAUACACUUUACUCUCGAUACCCGACUUAGUGGUCCAGGGUGAACCUGUACCGCUGAGCAAGCUAUUACCAGAAAACAGCAAUAGUCCUGUCCUACAAAUUACACCCUACGAAGCCAUCGACUGGGACUAUGUAGACUCGCAUGCAGAGAAAUGUAUAGUAAAUAGCUACAUGCUGCGUAAGGCGUUGAUACGAAAGCAUUACCUAUCGGCAACCGUUGAGCAGUGGGUAGCUAAGCGCCCCGAGUCAGUGUUGAAAACACACGUCAAAAGGAGCGAGGCAUUCGAGUUAGAUUAUGCCGAAUUCCUAGAUGACGCCCUUGUCGAGGCUUUUGACUUACGUGCAAGCCUGGAGAAAAAUACAGAGCAGGAACCAGGCCACGAAAUCGAAUGGUGGAUUCUCAAGCCCAGUAUGAGCGAUAGGGGACAAGGCAUCCGGUUAUUUAGCACGAUGGAAGAUCUACAAGGCAUAUUUGACGAAUGGGAAGAGGACCUACCGGAUAGCGAGGAUGAGGAUGAUACUAGGAACGAUGGGAACCGAGGGGAUGACGCGGUCUCGAAUUCCGAUCCCGAGAGGCGCAAUGAUAUCACUACCUCGCAUCUUCGUCACUUCGUAGCUCAGCCGUACAUACACCCACCACUUCUAUUGCCCGGCGAUAACCGCAAGUUCCACAUCCGUACGUACGUCGCCUGCAUUGGUCGAUUGGAUGUCUACGUGUACAAGGAUAUGCUAGCGCUCUUUGCGGGCAAGCCUUACACUGCGCCCGCCACCGCCACCAACACGUCGUCCGUCGACCUCGAGGCCCAUCUGACCAACACGUGCCUACAGCGGUCAGUCGACGACGGCACGGUCCGACGGUUCUGGGACUUGCCGCUGCCGCAGCAGCGGAAGGCAGACGUGUUCGCGCAGAUCUGCGCGGUGACGGGCGAGGCGUUCGAGGCGGCGGCACGCGCUAUGCAGAUGCACUUCCGGCCGUUGGCCAACGCGUUCGAGGUCUUCGGCCUCGACUUCCUGGUCGAUGCCGACGGCACCGCCUGGCUCCUCGAGGUCAACGCGUUCCCGGACUUCCGACAGACAGGCGACGAGCUCAAGGAUUUGGUGCAGGGGCUCUGGGAGGAGGUGCUGAGGCGUGCGGCGGUGCCGUUCUUAGGGUUUGGGGAUGGCUCGGAGGUGGGUGCGGGAGCGGGAGCAGGAGCGGAUGGAGGCGAGGAGGAGGAUGGGGAUCGGUUAGUACUUGUUAGGAGGGUCGAGUUGGGGAGGUAGAGGAGAGUGUGCAUGGUAUAGAGAUCGAUAGAUAGAUGAAUAGAUGUUUGUCUUUGGCAAGAGUAUGCAGAGUUUAAAGUUAAUCGUUGAGAAAAGGAACAUUAUAGGCAUUACGGACGUUAGGAUGUUUACCCUCUGGCUACUGAGGUGACUUAAGCAAAGAGGCCAUGGCUAUAUUAGUAGUCUAAGAUAGGUCUAGAAUUUCUUUCGAGUUCCUUGCCUAACAACAAAGCUGUUUUUGUGCCUUCCAAGUCC